CGUUCCUCCUCCUGGCGCCGGGCGGCGGGUGCGGGCUGGCGGCCGCCUGACCCGGAACUGCUGACGGUCCCCCGCGCUCGGGCGCGUCCGACCCUCGGGUCGCUCCCCGGCUCGCUCCCGCCGCCCCGCACUCCGCCGCCCGGCCCGGCUCGGCCUCUGCAGCCGUCGGGUGGGUGCCGGGCGGGGGCUCCGCGCGUCCGCGGUCCGGCGGGUGAGGCGGGGCGGGCGCCGCCCUCACAGCGGCGGGGACCCGUCUUAGGACUCCUGGGCACACGCUCGCGGCCUCCCGGUCUCGUUCGGGCUGAGGACUGCCGCAGAGCUCGCCGCCGCCGACCGAGUGUGCAGCCGAAGGCGACGCGCGACGGGCGAGGACGGAGAACGGCCUCGGGGUGCGUCCGACCGUCGGAAAAUCCCGAAGGGGCGGGAGGAGCCCGGGCAGGUGUCAGGCGGGUGAUUUGGAGGAGCACAAAAACCUUCUUUGAAGAACUUUGUACAAUAUUGAAGGAUGGCAGAAGCAGUGUUGAUUGAUCUCUUUGGUUUGAAAUUGAACUCUCAGAAAAACUGUCAUCAGACAUUACUAAAGACAUUGAAUGCUGUCCGAUACCACCAUGGUGCCAAGGCCAAAUUCCUUUGCAUAAUGUGUUGCAGUAACAUCAGCUGUGACCAUGAUAAUUGUGAAUUAGAAACAAGCAAUGGGUUAUCAGCUCUCUUGAGAGAAUUUGAGACUGUCAGCAAUCCCAGCAUGGCUGCCUCAUUGUAUACCAUUAAACAAAAAAUUGAUGAAAAAAAUUUAAGCAGCAUUAAGGUAAUUGUGCCUGUGCACCGGAAGACAUUGAUACAGGCUUUUAUUGAUCAACUCUUCACUGAUGUUUACAAUUUUGAAUUUGAAGAUUUACAGAUGACUUUGAGGGGAGGUGUUUUGAAACAGCCUACUGAAAUAAACAUAAUCACAGCUCAAGAACUAGAAGCAGUCCAGAAUGAGAUAGAAACAUAUUUGAGAAGUUUGCCAGGACUGAAAGGAGAAUUAACCAUUAUCACAUCUCCUUUGAUCCCAGAUAAUUUCAUACAUGGAUUUACUACAAGAACAGGUGGGAUAUCUUAUAUACCAACUCUUAGCUCAUUCAAUCUCUUCAGUAGCUCCAAAAGGAGAGAUCCCAAGGUUGUUGUUCAAGAAAAUCUGCGUAGGUUGGGGAAUGCUGCAGGAUUCAAUGCGAAGAAAUUUUACCGAAUAAAGACUGAUCAUGCCAGUGAUGUCUGGAUUAUGGGAAGGAAGGAGCCUGAAUCUUAUGAUGGAAUCACCACAAAUCAAAGAGGAGUCACAAUAGCAGCUCUUGGUGCUGACUGUAUACCAAUAGUUUUUGCAGAUCCUGUCAAAAAAGCAUGUGGGGUUGCUCACUCUGGUUGGAGAGGUACUUUGUUAGGUGUUGCUAUGGCUACAGUGAAUGCAAUGAUAGCAGAAUAUGGUUGUAGUUUGGAAGACAUUAUUGUUGUACUGGGGCCUUCAGUAGGACCUUGCUGUUUUACUCUUCCAAGGGAAUCAGCAAAGGCAUUUCAUAAUCUUGAUCCUGGAUGUGUACGGCUAUUUGACUCACCAAGUCCCUGUGUUGACAUCCGUAAAGCCACCAGGAUUCUUCUAGAACGGGGAGGAAUUCUACCACAGAAUAUUCAGGACCAGAACCAAGAUCUCAGCCUCUGUACAUCCUGUCAUCCUGACAAGUUUUUCUCCCAUGUCCGAGAUGGCCUUAACUUUGGUACACAGAUUGGCUUCAUAUCAGUUAGAGAAUGAGCUACUUGACUGGAUUUUUGCCUAAGUAUUUCCUGCUUCCUACCAAACCAACUCUAAGAAAGAAAUGUAGCUGUUUGAUGUACUUAAUACCAAAAGGACUAUAAUGCAUAAUUCAUCUUUUGUAUAUAUUUUCAUUAUUAUCCAAAGCCAGAUGAUCUUCAUUGAUUCUAACAAUAGCUGACACAAAAUCCAUAUGAUAUAAUUUAUAUGUUAUACAGAUAAGGAUUAUUCUUAAAGUUUGUCCUCUGUAUUUGUUACAUAAAUGAGGAAUAGGUCUAUGCAGUUUAGCAUUUACUGGGUAGCCUCUAUUUGUCAGGCAUUGUGAGUAUCAUAGGUGAAAUCAAGAUGAGUAACACUUUUUCCCUUUGAAUCUAAGGCAGUGGAAGAGAUAAACACUUCUACGACUUAAAUUUAAUUUUAAUAGCAGAAGAGUACAGGAGAAGGGAGGAUUAAUUCUAUGUGGAAGGCAGAAAAGAGAAGGUAUUACAGAGAAAAUGACUUAUCACAUGGGCCUGAAAGAUGUCUAGUCUUUUGACAAAUAAAGAACAAACAUAACAGAUAGAGGGAAUAUCGUAAACUAGGACGUGAAACUGAAAGUGUAUAACAUGUUCUAGAAAGAGAAGGGUAUGGGCAGGAGUUACUGGAAAAAACAGGUUAGAAACAUACUAGUUAGGGUCUUGAAUGCCAUGUCAAAGAGUUUGGAGUUCAUUUUCCAGGCAAAGAGUAGGCACAGAAAGUAGGGAGUGUUUUUAUGUCCUUGGCAUUAUAUUUAAAAGGAUGGAUUUAAUCUGUGAGAGACUAAAGGAGAGAGAUUAGUUAAGAGGCAAUCAAAAUACUUUUAAAAAGAAAUAAUGAGGGCUUCCUAGGUGGCGCAGUGGUUGAGAAUUCACCUGCCGAUGCAGGGCACACGGGUUCGAUCCCUGCUCCAGGAAGAUCCCACAUGCUGUGGAGCAACUAAGCUCGUGUGCCACAACUAUUGAGCCUGCGCUUUAGAGCCUGUGAGCCACAACUAUUGAGCCCAUGUGCUGCAAUUACUGAAGCCCACGCGCCUAGAGCCCGAGCUUCGCAACAAGAGCAGCCAUGGCAGUGAGGAGCCUGCACACCACAACGAAGAGUAGCCCCCACUCACCACAACUAAAGAAAGCCCAUGCACAGCAAAAAAGAACCAACACAGCCAAUAAAAUAAUAAAUAAAUAAAUAAUUUAAAAAAAAGAAUGAAAUCUGAAUGCAGUGGAAAUUAAAAUGAAGAGAGUAGAUGAGUUAGCGAGACAUUUCAGAGAUGGACUCUCCAGAUCCUGUUGCUAGAUCAUGCAGGUGAGAGGUGAGGAAGAGUGGAGGAGUCCCUGAUGACUCCCCGGUCUCAGCUUGGCUGACUACCUAGAGUGGCAGCAAAUAUGGGGAGGAGGUUUGGGACAAGGGGGAGGGGUAAUGAGUUGACACACAGACUGAAGUGUAUCCAGAUGGAAAUAAGUGGUCCACAGCUAGAGAAGCUGGGAACCUAGGAGGGAGCUGUGAAAAAGACAGAGAUUUGGGAGUUGGCUAUGCCCAGACGGUACCUGAGUCUACUUGAAUAGGCUGGAUCAUCUUCGCAGAAACAGUGAGAAAAAAGGAGGUCCAAGGAUGAAACCUCACAUAACACUUAGACUUGAAAAGCCAGAAGCUGAACCAGUAAAAAAAGAUUAAUCCUAGAAGAAUAAAAAAAUAGAGUAUAGUUGUUUUGGAGAAAGAAGCCAGCAUAGAUAUGAGAGGUACUCAAAAAGAAGUCUUUAGAGAGAAAAUAAAAUGAGAAGAAACCAACAGAUUAACCAUAUUGAAGCUGUUCCACAGGCCAUGGUGGUGGAGUUGGAUUUCAGUGCUUUGAGGAAGAGGAUGUAUCAGUGUCGACCCUUCUUUGCUAGUAAUUAUUAAAGAAAAUAAAGCACCAGGGGCUGUGUUUUGAAGGAAGGGGUAUAUACGAGGGUGAGUCAAAAAUUAUCUGCACUCUGGUUAUAUUAAAACCUCUGCUGGCCACAUUGUCUUAUCAGUGCUUUCCGUUUAAGGCUGCUGUCUCCCCAGUCACUGCUCUGCAGUUGUGAACAUAUUACAUCAGUUCAUUUGUAACUGUGGUGUGAGCAAAAAUGGAUGCCCCACUUGUGAUUUGCACAAAAGAAGAGCAGCGUGCAGUGAUUCGUUUUUUGUGGUCUGAGGGUGUGCACGUCCACACACUUCUGCCCACACUGUCGACACUCUGCAAAAACUUUGUUUUGAGGUGUAAAGCAUCCUCCCUGUAGUCCUGAUCUUGCUCCAUUGGACUUUCACCUGCUUGGUCCCCUGAAAGCAGCCCUAUGAAGACGAAGAUUCACUUCUGAUGAAGUGAAGACAGCAUUGCAUUCGUGGCCUGCAACUCAGUCUAAAACACUUUUUAAUGAGGGAAUACGAAAGCUUGUUGACAGAUGGACAAAGUGUAUUGAAAAACAAAGAGAUUAUGUUGAAAAAUUAUGUAUUUGUCUUUUCUAAAAGUUAUUCUACAGCCAGAGUGCGGAUAAUUUUUGACUCGUGUGUGUGUGUGUGUGUGUGUGUGUGUGUGUGUGUGUGUGUGUGUGUACAGAUAUAUAUAUUUUUUUGGAUGAGUAGUUUUAAGUAUAUAGGCUGAAGAGAGGAGUUAAGCUGUUUUUAACUUGGGAAAAAUGAUAUAUAUGGUACAUAUUUUUAAUGUGAAUUGUCACAUUGUAUCUUAAAAAGAUUUCUUAUUUCAUACAUGUAUUUCUUACCUGAAUACACAGAAGAUUACAUUUGUUUGGUACUUAGAAAGGACUUUCAUAUCCAUUACCUCAUUUUACCUUUACAGGUACUCUCAAAUACAUAGGUUAAGUGCUAUUCCUUUUAUACAGAUGAGAAAACUGAACCUCAUUGAGGUAGGGGCUAAAAUUACCUAAUUUGUUAUAAAGUAAGAUUUGACUUUAUCUUGUGACUCCAAAUCUCAUUUCAGAUUUUACAGUUAAUCAAAGCUAUCUAAAUUAAUUUUUUACAACUUUUUGUUAAUAGCACCUAUUCAUAUACUCAGUCAAAAUUUUGUUGAGGUGCUAGUGUAGGUUAAAAAAUACAGUUGUAGCACUCAGGAUGUUUAAUAUCCAGUGACAGAUGACAGUCAAUAAACCAACAGUUUCAAUACUGUGAUAUAUGUUGUAAAUUGGUCACAACUUGAUACCUUGUUUGUUUCUUUUAUGCAACUUAUAGCUCAGUGUGAAAUUUAUAUAAAAUACUUCAUUUCUUCCAAUUCAGGGAAGGCAUUAAAUACAAAUCAUAUGACAGCAAUUUCAAUCUUAUGCAGAAUACUCUUUUGUUUCAUGAUAACAAUAAGAUUAAGGAAAAAUUCCAUUGAGAAAGAUGGAUAAUUUUCCAAUUCUUCACUGUAUACUAUUUUGUUGAAUGCAGAAUAUUAGGCAGCCAUGUUUUACUUUAUGUACCAAAAUACUCCAAAACCAAGUAAAAAUUGUUUGAUUAUCUAUUAUGUCAAAGCAUAUAAUGAAAAGUUGUCUCCUUGCUGUUUUACUGAGUGAAAAGUAUUGAUUCAAUAACUCAAAAACAGAACGUUGGUUGUUAAAUAGUCACAUUGCCUCUACAAGAUCUCUCUCACUUUUAAGCAUUUGUAUAUAGGUUUCUGGGACCUUCAGGAUGUAACUACAAUGAUAAUUUUUAAUAAAGUUUGUUCUGUUUUCAAUCUAA